UGCAUCAUGACCCUGGAGGCGAUCCGCUACUCGCGGGGCUCCCUGCAGAUCCUCGACCAGCUCUCGCUGCCCCAGCAGAGCCGCUACGAGGCGGUGAGCUCAGUGCGCCAGGCCUGGGAGGCCAUCCACGCCAUGAAGGUUCGCGGCGCCCCGGCCAUCGCCCUCGUCGGCUGCCUCAGCCUCGCCGUGGAACUGCAGGCGGGCGCCGGGGGCCCCGGGCCCACCGAGCUCGCGACCUUUGUGCGCGAAUCGCUGAACUUCCUCGUUACCGCCCGACCCACCGCUGUCAACAUGGCCCGAGCCGCCCGCGACCUGGCCGACGCUGCUGCGCGGGAGGCUGAACGAGAGGACGCCACGGGGCCCGCAGUCCGGGAGAGGGUGAUCCGCUAUGCUGAGGACAUGCUGGAGAAGGACCUCAAGGACAAUCAGAGCAUUGGAGACCUGGGAGCCCACCAUCUUCUGGAGCGAGCAGCGCCUGGAGGGGGCAAGGUGACCGUGCUGACCCACUGUAACACCGGUGCUCUGGCCACCGCUGGCUACGGCACAGCCCUGGGGGUGAUCCGUUCGCUGCACCGCCUGGGCCGCCUGGAGCACGCCUUCUGCACGGAGACCCGGCCCUACAACCAGGGAGCCAGGCUGACAGCCUUCGAGCUGGUGUACGAGCAGAUCCCUGCCACCCUCAUCACAGACAGCAUGGCGGCUGCGGCCAUGGUGCACAGGGGCGUGUCAGCCGUCGUCGUGGGAGCGGAUCGUGUGGUUGCCAAUGGUGACACAGCCAACAAGGUGGGCACCUACCAGCUGGCCAUCGCUGCCAAACACCAUGGCAUCCCCUUCUACGUGGCUGCCCCCAGUUCCUCGUGUGACCUCCACCUGGAGACGGGCCAGGAGAUUGUCAUCGAGGAGCGGCCAGGCCAGGAGCUGACCGACAUCAAUGGGGUCAGGAUCGCAGCACCCGGGAUUGGGGUUUGGAAUCCUGCCUUCGAUGUCACCCCGCACCACCUCAUCACUGGAGGCAUCAUCACAGAACUGGGCGUCUUUGCCCCUGAAGAGCUCCGAGCAGCCCUAAGCUCCUCUGUCUCCUGACAAGGGACCUGGAAAGACCCACUGUGGCUCCCCUUCUCAUUCGCAAACGCCCUUGGUUUAUAA